GAUGUUAAAGAAAAUGGAAAAAAGAAUCAAUUGCAUUCUUUACAAAAUAUCCUUCUAUCUGAACUGUUGAAGAAAAAAGACAAUUACAUCAAUAAUAAGUUAGAUGGGAAGUGUAUGAUUCCAACAAGACUUUGUUCUAUGAAGGUGCUAAUCGUGCUUGAUGACAUAGAUCAUAGUGAUCAUUUGGUGUAUUUAGCCGGUGGUCUUCAUUGGUUUGGUAGUGGCAGCAGAGUUGUGAUAACAACUAGAAAUAGACAAUUGAUAGAGAAUGCUGAUGCAAUAUAUGAAGUAUCUACACUACCCGAUGAUGAAGCUAUGUUGUUGUUCAAUCAACAUGCUUUCAAAAACAAAAUUCCAGAUGAGUGUUUUAAGAUGUUCUCGUUGGAGGUGGUAAAUCAUGCUAAAGGCCUUCCUUUAUCCCUCAAGGUGUGGGGUUCUUUGUUGCAUAGGAAAGACCUAACUCAGUGGAGAAGAAUAGUAGAUAAAAUAAAGGAGAAGUCAACAUCAGAAAUUGUUGAGAAACUCAAAAUAAGUUAUGAUGGUUUAGAGCCCGAAGAGAAAAAGAUGUUCCUGGAUAUGGCAUGUUUCUUCAGAGGAUAUCUUAAAACUCAUGUCCGAAGAAUCCUCGACAGCUAUAAUAUUGGAGCUGAAUACGGAUUGGAUGUCCUAAUUGAUAAAUCUCUUGUGUUCAUCUCUGGAGAUGAUAGGCUUGAAAUGCAUGACUUGAUUGAAGAUAUGGGUAGAUAUGUCGUGAAAAAAAUACAGAAAGAUUUGGGAGAACCUAGCAGAAUAUGGGACGUUGAAGAUUUCGAAGAAGUGAUGCUGAACAAUACAGAGACAAAAUCAAUGGAAUCAAUCUGGCUGCAUGAUGACAGCAUUAAAAAACUACGCUUGAGCAAACAAGUCAUGAAAAAUAUGGAAAGGCUUAAAAUAUUACACAUCAACGAAUUUGAUACACAUGAUGCCAUUGAGUACCUGCCCAACAGCUUGUGUUGGAUUGAGAUUUUUGGAUAUCCUUGGGAAUCGUUGCCAGAAGAUUUUGAACCCAAAACACUUGUUCAUCUUGAACUCAGAGAAGGUUUGCUGCGACAUUUAUGGUUUGAAACAAAGCAUUUCCCAUGUCUACGGAGGCUAGAUCUCAGCAGCUCACAAAACCUAAUGCAAACACCAGACUUCAGUGGGAUGCCAAAUUUGGAGCAUUUGGAUUUAGGGAGAUGUAAGAGUCUGAAAGAGGUUCACCAUUCCCUGGGAAAUUGCCGAAAACUCAUCCGCUUAGAUUUGUAUGGUUGUGAAAGCCUUGAGAGGUUUCCACGUGUUAGUGGGGAAUCUCUUGAAUAUCUGAAUCUGGAGGAUUGCUCUAGUUUAGAGAUAUUUCCCUCGGGUGAAUGAAGGGUUACGCUCCUUGGAAAUUCUGAAUCUCAGUUACUGCAGUCUGAUAGAUGGAGAACUUCUGGAUGACAUUGGAUGCUUAUCCUCUUUGAAAAAGUUGGAUCUCAGUGGAAAUAAUUUUGAGCAUUUGCCUCGAAGAAUAGCCCAACUUGGUGCUCUUCGAUGCUUGGACUUAUCACAUUGCAA